UCGGCUCGGCUCGGCUCAGCUCGGCUCGGAACCGUCCGGAGCAACAUGCAGGAUGGCGAGUGUGGAGACAGCCGCCGAACACGAGCGAAUCCUGCGGGAGAUCGAGAGCACGGACACCAACUGUAUCGGACCGACCCUCCGGUCGGUGUACGACGGCCAGGAACAUGGCCUCUUCAUGGAGAAGCUGGACGCGCGGAUCAGGAACCACGACCGAGAGAUCGAGAAGAUGUGUAACCAUCACUUCCAGGGGUUCGUGGACUCCAUCACAGAGCUGCUCAAAGUACGAGGGGAGGCGCAGAAACUGAAGAGUCAGGUGACCGACACCAACAGGCGUCUUCAGGAUGAUGGCAAAGAGCUCACCAGCUCUAUGGAGGAGCUGCAACAGUGUCGAGUGCAGCAGAGAAACAUCGCUACCACCAUAGACAAACUGACACACUGCCUACCAGUCCUGGAGAUGUACAGCAGACUACAGGAGCAGAUGAGGUUCAAAAGGUACUACCCAGCGCUGCGGACGUUGGAGCAGCUGGAGCACACGUGUCUUCCCAGGGCGGGUCAGUACCGGUUCUGCUCCAUCAUGGCGGAAAACAUCCCCAAGCUGAGGACCCAGAUCCGGGACACGGCCAUGACGCAGCUGAGGGACUUCCUGGAGAGCAUCCGGAAACACUCGGACAAGAUAGGAGAGGCGGCCAUCAAACAGGCCCAGCUACAGCGCUCGCUGGACAGCUCCAUCUCCACGCAGCCGAGGGCCCUGCUCGGACGACGCAGCAGAAAGGAGGCGGCGGUGGCAGGAGGGGCCGGGACGGACAGCGAAAGGCAGGGUGGCAGUCCGGUGUCGGAACAGGACUCUGGCAUUCUGGAUGUGGAGGAUGAAGAGGAGGAUGAUGAAGUCCCAGGAGCUCACGAUUUGGUGGAUUUCUCUCCGGUUUACUGCUGUCUGCAUAUCUACACUGUGCUGGGUUUGCGUGAUGUGUUUGAGAACUACUACAGAAAGCAGAGGAGGAAACAGGCUCGCCUUGUGCUGCAGCCCCACUCUAACAUGCAUGAAACUCUGGAAGGAUACACGCGGUACUUCAAUCAGAUUGUUGGCUUCUUUGUUGUGGAGGACCACAUCCUUCACACCACACAGGGUUUGGUCAACAGAGCGUACGUGGAGGAGCUUUGGGAGUUGGCGCUGUCCAAAAUCAUCGCCGCCCUGAGGACGCACUCCUCGUACUGUGACAACCCUGACCUGGUGCUGGACCUGAAGAACCUCAUUGUCCUUUUUGCUGAUACACUGCAGGGUUAUGGUUUCCCAGUGUCGCAGCUGUUCGACAUGCUGCUGGAGAUGAGGGAGCAGUACGGAGAAAUCCUCCUCAAGAGAUGGAACAUCACCUUCAGGCAGGUGUUGGACCAGGACAACUACAGUCCAAUCCCAGUCUCGACAGAUCAGGAGUACAAACACUACACUUCCCAGUUUCCCCUGCAAGACCCCGAACUGGAAAAGCUUCCCUUCCCCAAGAAGCUUCCCUUCUCCGAGUUUGUGCCAAAAGUCUACUGCCAGCUCAAAGAGUUCAUCUAUGCCUGUCUGAAAUACUCUGAAGACCUGCACCUCAGUUCCACGGAGGUAGACGAUAUGAUCCGUAAGUCGACAAAUCUGCUGUUGACCAGAACCCUCAGCCACUGUCUGCAGUACGCCAUUAAGAAGAAGAAUGUCGGGCUGGCAGAGCUGGUGCAGGUGAUCAUAAACACCACCCACCUGGAGCAGAGCUGCCACUUCCUGGAGGAGUUCAUAUCAAACAUCACAAAUGUCCCACCUGACACAGCAAACGCUACCAAGCUGUACGGGACCUCCACCUUUAAGGACGCUCGCCACGCGGCCGAGGCCGAGAUCUACACCAGCCUCAAUGCCAAGAUCGACCAGUUCCUGCAGCUGGCGGACUACGAUUGGAUGGCCGCGGUGCAGGGAGGCGGGACUCUGGACGCCAGCGACUACCUGAUUGACCUCAUCGCCUUCCUGAGGAGCACCUUCAGUGUCUUCACCAACCUGCCUGGAACACCCGUAGAACACGCGACCUUACCGGGUAAAGUUGCCCAGACGGCCUGCAUGUCGGCCUGUAAACACAUCUCCACCUCCCUGAUGCAGCUCCUGCUCGACCCGGAGGUCAGACAGAUCUCCAUGGGAGCGCUGCACCAGCUCUACACCGACGUCAAGGAGUGCGAGAGUUUUGCCAGAGCCGGCCCGGUCGCAGGCUUCCAGGGUGACACGUUGCUUCUGGCCUUCAGUGACUUGAGACAAUUACUGGACCUGUUCACGCAGUGGGAUUGGUCGACCUACCUGGCUGACUACGGCAAACCCACCUGCAAAUACCUGAGAGUCAACCCACACACUGCACUGGCCCUGCUAGAGAAGAUGAGGGAGACGAGCAGGAAGAACAACGUCUUCGCCCAGUUCAGGAAGACGGACAGAGACAGACAGAAACUCAUCGACACCGUCAUCAAACAGCUACGCAACCUCAUCGCACAGCACCACACCUAGAGCGGGCCUCCUGAUUGGAUCAGCAGGCCUGGAGCCACCAUCCAAUUGGCUGAUUUGAAACCAUCCAGCCUGAUGCCAUAGCUGAUCUAUGCACCUUAACUCCACUGGACUUCCAACUACCACAGUCAGUUCCUAUUGGUCGUAUUUAACACCCAUAGCAACCAGUCUAAACCUGCAACGAGCUCAUCGGAUAACAAGCUUCAUCCAUCUGCUAUGUGACUGAAACUCUACUGGUUAUCAGGCCUCAACGAAGCGAUCCCAUUGGUUACUUCCUGACGGAAGACUGAGAGGAACUCACUCUCAGUGAGAAACUCACUACAUGCAAAUGCUGAACUUAAAUCUUUCAAAAAACAAACAGUCCGGUUCAAAUUCAAUCUGAGGGAUCUAAACUGAGUACUCUUAUUAGCUGGAGAGAAGGAAGUAAAGAAACUCUCUUAUCUGAUUGGUUCCUUCAAAAUAAUUUCCAUCAAACAAACCUGAAGUCUUCCUAACAGCUGAUAUUUAAGGAUAAUUGGUGAUAUUCUGUAUUUUUCUUAUUGUCAACAAACCAAGUCUGUAUUAAUCCGCCCCUGAAAAUAGUCCCCAACAAGCGCUCCAUUUAAAAACUACAGCACGCGCUGUUUUAGGAAAUUUAAAAAUGAAACUAAUCUAAAAUUUGUGACCUAUUUUUAAAGUCUUCAGUAGAAACCAACGCGUCAUUCGUUUUGGUCUUUUUCUUGACAAAAAGACAAAUUACAGCAUAUAACCAAUCACAUCCUUGAUCUUAUUCCUAAAGGCAACUUUAAUGUGAGAGAUUUCUGAUCUGUGGAGAACAAGAGCAUAAAAAGAUUAUAAAAUUACACAUUAACAUUAAGGUGGCGCAUGUCAGUGAAAAUAUGUGGUUAUCAAGGAGCAAAGCCAGCUAGAACAGUGAGGAAAAGUACUUAAAACCACAUUAUAAUUAAUAAACAAAUGCAGUGUAGUCAACUAAAGUGUGGGUCGUCUUCUUGUUCAUCCUUCAGGCGUGAAAAAAAAUCUUCCAGCUUCCAUUUGCGGUGUUUUUGCUUCAGUCACUCGAUGCUGUUGGGAAUUGUUUAACAUAAUUUGUAUGUCUGCAGCUUGGGAACGUUAUCCUUUUUUAGCUGUGACUAACGGUAGACUCCUGUUUUUUUCAUAGAAUUUAUUAUUCGUACCACAAGCUUCCCAUUUCCUAAAAUGUAACCUGAUGAUUCAGCAGUCUGUCCUCAUCCCCUCCUUUCUCUCGCAGACAACCUUUAAUGUCUUCCACAUUGCUCCCCCCUCACUGAGGCACAAUGACCGAACGUAUUGAAUGUACAUCAGAGAGGGUCGACUUCCGUAGCAGAAUAUCAUUUCAGGGUUGUGACGUUUUAACAUUGCAGCCAGAAAAAGCACUGAACUGAAGAUCGGGUCUGGAGAACGACGGAUAUAUCGGUGGCGAAUCGACAGAAUGUUACUGCAGUAUAUAUCCCCUUAUUGUCUAAUAAAGGGGGAUAUUAACACAACAUGGCAACCCUGUUCCCUUCUUAAUACACAACCUGCGAACACUUGAACGGGCGACGCUGCUCAGAUCUGGCGAUGUUAUUCCCUCUUCGUAAAGAAAAGCACAGCGAGUGUUUGGGCUCUUAAAGGGGGAUGUUGUCCAAACAUGGCAACCCAUUCCUCAUCUUUCAAACUGGAUCAUAUUUGAAUUUGGGGGGGGAGGAGGGGGGUGUUGAGCAUUUUCUACUCUUCAUGUAUAAAUAACUGGGUCUUAAAGAGGGGGAUAAUGCUCUAAUCUGGCAACCGCUAUAAAGUAAAUAGUGUUUUGUUUUGCCUGGUUGACUAGAAAGGAACUAAUUUGUAUAGAAAGCGUUGUACUAAUGCCGAGCACACACACUUUUAUGUCUUCCAUAAACACAUGCCAAGCUGUGUGUGUGUGUAGUGUGGCGACUUGUACACACACAAAGGUUUGUUUAGUUGAAGCACAGCACAUAAUUACACUAGAUUAUUAUUUUUUAAACUAAUAUGGGUCUCUGUGCUCUUUGUGUUGCUUUUUUUUUUUUUUUUUUCAAACUUGGGUGCAAUAAUAGCGUUAGAAACUGCAGCAUUUUCUGUGUGUGUGUGUGUGUGUGUGUGUGUGUGUGUGUGUGUGUUGAUUAUGGCGCUUUAUAAAAGGGAUUCAAACCUUCGGUGUGUCAGAAAGGAAUUUGAAGUCUUCCGCUUCCUCUCUGUUCCACAAAAGGUGGACGUUCGAUCAGUUGCCAUGUUUUGAUUGACUGAGCGACAUCGUGUGUGUGUGUGUGUGUGUUUCGGUCUGUGUGCAUGCCGGCACUGUGAAAUCAAGUGUGUGCAUUUAUGCAGAUGUGUAUGUUGUGUGUUGUGUGUGUGUUGUGUUUUUUUUUUUUCAUCCAUCCUUUGCUGUGUAUCAUUUUUAGGUGUUAGUAAGGGAAUGGGGCCGUCGCUGUUGAAUGUGCCUUUGCUGUAUUAUUUUUUCUUUUCCUGCCAAUAAAGCAGCAACACUGUGGUGUUUAAACUCUGUACAGUAAAAUGAGGAACUGACGAAAAAGAAAAGUCUUAACUCAACAUCCACCUGCUAGCUUUUUUCCAGAGCUUUCAACCACAUCUCACAGUUUGGAGGUCUGUUUGUUACUUUGUCUUUUCUGUGACACAAAUUCUAAUGCUAGGUGCCGUUAUUUGCUUUUAUCCAAGCCUCUAGAAACGGUAAUUUUUGUGAAAUUGAUGACUGAUCAGCAGCUCUGUCAUACUUUAAAACCUAAAAUGUCUUUUUUUUUUCAGUAAAAUUAAAGUCAGAGUUAGGAAUUAUCUCUUAAUUUCAAAGAAAAGAAUUUAUAAUUUAGACAUUUUUUCUUAUAUCUGUUAUAAAAAAAGUCCCCAAUAAAUAAAAUUCAAAAUAUUUAAACCUUUUUUGUUAUUUGAUCCAUUUCAGUUUGUAGAAAUAAGUUCUCUCCUUGUACUAAAGUUUAGCGUUUAGAUUUUGGACAUUCUUUCCAACAGAGCUCCGCCAUUUGUUGAACUCCUUGCUCGAGAGCACUGCGGCAGCCACGAGGCAUUCAAACUGACAACCCUCCGCUGUAACAGGUUCUCCAGAGUCCUCACACUGCAGAUGUUGUUGCUUACUUGUUUGUUUUGUAUUUUGUAAGCAGAAACCUUUGCUGAGACAGAAGCACUGUACGCGCUGUUAUAUUAAACCACUAAUGAAUGAAACUAAAGUAAAAUACUAAUAAAGUUGCAACAAAUGCCAACAGACAAAUAUGGAAUAAAUGGAAAACUGUUGAGAA